AUAUUAUCUAUGUUGAUGUUUAUACAAUUCCGUUUUUCGCAUUUCCGUUAAAAUGAUUAAGAAAUGAUAGAAUGAACACUAACAAAAAUCAAAAUAUUAAAUAAUGUUUAAAAUUAUUUUAAUUUAAAAUUUCACAACAAAACUUUUGUACAAAACUAUGGACCGUGCAAGAAUACCAAUCGAAGAAUUAAUAACAAGUUUCAAAUCAACUAGUACCGUUGAAGAUAUAUUUGAUAAAUUGGAAAUAUGGAAUCGCAAUGAUUCUCAACAAAUUCCACUUGAACAUUCUAAAGAGUAUACAUUACGGAAACUGUUACUUCAUUCUGAAAAUCCAGUAAAAUUAAAAGAAAAAGUACAGAGCAUUGAAAAAAAUAAAUUGGCGAAUAAAUUUAUGGAAUUGAUUCAAGAAAUAAGGGAAGACAAAAAAUUAACAGUAUUUAUGGAAAAGCGAUAUAAAGAAUAUGAGAAAGAUACAAGUUGUUCAGAAGUUGUACAAUAUUAUAAAGAUGAAAUUGAGAAAAGAAAUGAAUUUCAAAAACAAAGACAAAUAAAAAAAGAAAUAAAAGAGAAGAAAAUUAUCUUGAAAAAAAGUGUUAGCAAACAAACUCCACUUUGGAAAAACUUAAGAAAAUAUCAAGCCUUAGAUUACUUUAAUAUACCCAUAACAUGUUACAAUACCACAAAUCCAGAAGAACAUGACUUAGUGGGUGAUAUUUUGUCUUGUCUCCAAGGCUUCCAUACAAAAUUUAUAAAUCCAAACAACCUCGAGAUACCGCUUACUUUCAGUAUUAAUGAGCCCAUAGAUCCACAGUUUAAAUGUAUUGUGCCAAAAAUACUUAGAUUAGUAUCAGCUUAUACCAUUAUUUGUCGAUAUAGUGAAGAAAAUCGUCAAAGCCAUAAUGGAUAUGUUAAUCAAGCAUUAGCUUGUUAUAUAAGCAAAUUUAUACGCGAUUAUUUGAACUUUAUAAUAUGUCUUGAAAACCAACACAAGUCUGGAGAACUUAGUCUACAAUCAUUAUCAUUUGCAGCCCAAGCUCAUGUUUAUAAAAUGGAAUUUGUGGCCCGCAUUGUAUCGAUAAUAACACAAGAAAAAAAGAAAGGAGGUCAGACUUUAUCAGUGUUACAUGAAGAAAUGACCCAAUGUUAUAUUGAUGAAUCACUUAAAAAACUUUUAGCAGGAAUGGUUGAAGUAUCAACUAUUCCAUUUUUCCAAUCAUUAGAAAAAUGGAUUUUUAAAGGACAAGUAUUUGACCCUUGUGAUGAGUUUAUGAUUAAAUGUGGCAACCUUAUAUUAAAUGAUGACACAGAGAAAUAUUGGAAUAGAUGUUAUACAGUUAGAAAUGAAUAUGUUCCAUCUUACUUGGAAAAAUUUAAAGAAAUUAUCUUACGAACUGGAAAAUACUUAAAUGCACUUUAUCACUGUAACAUUCCAAAUAAAUCUAAUUUGAUUUAUACAUCAACUAAUAAUGAAAAACUAGUAUAUUCUAUGUGGUGUUCUGAUUCAACAAAUUAUCUCAAAACUAUAAAUAAUGCUUAUAUGUUUGCAAGUAGUAGUCUAUUAAAUGUACUACUAAUUGAUUAUGACCUUAUGAACAGAUUAAAAUCUAUUAAACGCUACUUUCUACUUGAACAAGGAGAUUUUGUAGUACAUCUAUUGGAUGUAUGUGAUGAAGAAUUGAAAAAACCAACAGAUGAUAUUGUUUACAAUCGAUUGGAAUCAUUGUUAGAUAUUUGUUUACGAGUAAAUGUUGGAUGUGUAGAUCAAUACAAAGAUGACAUAAAAAUGGAAUUAAAAAAAGAUCCAUUGAGUUUUCAAAUAUUUAAAAUACUUGCUAUUCAAACUGAAAAAGAAAAAGAUUAUACUAACUUCCAACCAUCUUCAAAUUUAUUGGGAAUACAGUCAUUCUGUUUGGGAUUAACUACGCAAUGGCCAGUUUCUCUAAUAUUUAAUGAAACUGUUAUCUCAAAUUAUCAAAUAUUAUUCAGAUUGCUAUUAUUAUGCAAAAAUGUUGAACGGCAACUACUUAAAGUAUGGUUAUGUGACAAACAUUUAAAAAAGAUACCUGAUUCUUCAGCAAUAACCUAUAAGAAAGCUUUUAAUUUAAGGCAAAAUAUGUUGUUAUUUGUUCAAAAUCUUGAAUAUUAUAUGUUUGAAGAAGUGAUUGAGACACAGUGGCAAGCUUUUACAUCUGCUAUUCAAUACAAAGUGAAAAAUGUUGACGAGCUAUUGGAUGAACAACAAAAAUUUUUAAACCUUUGUUUAAAAAAUUGUAUGGUUACCAAUCCAGACUUAAUGAAAAGUAGUCGAUAUUUACUAGAAUUAUGUACUGAAUUCAGCGAUUAUAUUUUAUUAUCCAAAAGUCAUCUUAAUCACCUGAAACUAGACUUUGAAAAAAGUAUACAAAUAUUAGAAAACAAAUUUACAGCUGCAAUGAUUGACCUCUUAAAAUGUAUAAGAAAAAUGAGCCGUUUAGACAGCGGUAAUAUUAUAUACAAUUUUUUGUACAGGAUGGACUUUAAUGGAAUGUACACUGAGCAAAUAAAUAUGGAUGAUACAAUAUUAUAUACAUGAACAUUUAUUUUUUAAAUAUACCUAAUGUACACAUAUUA